UCGAGCGCGGGAGCUUUGAGGAAAUUCGUCGACAUCAGGCAGAAAACGUUGCAGGUACUUUCUAUGGAAGGUUCCCUUUAGCGCAGCACCGACUGUUGGUGUUAUCAUGGCGACGAGAGGAGAGACGAGAGUGGAGGAAGAGACGGAGGAGGAGGAGAACUACGGGCCGCAGCCUCUCUCCAGACUGGAGCAUUGUGGGAUUAGUGCCAGCGACAUCAAGAAGCUGGAGGAUGCAGGAUUCCACACCAUAGAAGCAGUGGCCUACGCACCCAAGAAAGAGCUGCUCAACAUCAAGGGCAUCAGUGAAGCCAAAGCAGACAAAGUUUUAACAGAAGCAGCCAAGCUGGUGCCGAUGGGCUUCACUACUGCUACAGAGUUCCAUCAAAGGAGAGCAGAGAUCAUCCAGAUCUCCACAGGCUCCAAGGAGCUGGACAAAUUACUGCAGGGUGGGAUCGAGACGGGCUCCAUCACAGAGAUGUUUGGAGAAUUUCGGACCGGAAAGACCCAGCUGUGCCACACGCUAGCCGUUACCUGUCAGCUGCCUAUUGAUCAGGGAGGUGGAGAAGGGAAAGCAAUGUACAUCGACACAGAAGGAACCUUCAGACCUGAGAGACUGCUGGCUGUAGCUGAAAGGUAUGGGCUUGUGGGCAGCGAUGUGUUGGACAACGUGGCCUACGCUCGAGCCUUCAACACAGACCACCAGACUCAGCUGCUGUAUCAAGCCUCUGCCAUGAUGGCUGAGUCCAGGUAUGCCCUGCUUAUUGUGGACAGCGCCACCGCGUUGUACAGGACAGACUAUUCAGGCAGAGGGGAGCUGUCAGCCAGGCAGGGGCAUCUGGGGCGGUUCCUCCGCAUGCUGCUCCGGUUGGCAGAUGAGUUUGGGGUUGCCGUGGUAAUAACCAACCAAGUGGUGGCACAGGUCGACGGGGCAGCCAUGUUUUCAGCAGAUCCCAAGAAACCGAUUGGUGGCAACAUUUUGGCACAUGCUUCCACCACAAGGUUGUACCUGAGGAAAGGCCGAGGAGAAACCAGGAUCUGUAAAAUCUAUGACUCCCCCUGCCUACCAGAGGCUGAGGCCAUGUUUGCAAUCAAUCCAGAUGGCGUUGGAGAUGCCAAGGACUGAGCAGCCCUGGGCCAGCAGGGGGCUGUAGUGAGCUCACAAAGAGUUCAAGAGUUCUCAUGGUUUGUUGACUGUUCAUUACAGUCAAAAAAAAAAUGAGGUCAUAUUAGAUCCAAACAUUCCUCAGUUACAUGAUUAGUAUCAGCAACAAGACCUUCAUGGAGUACUGACAAUAUAACCUGGGAAACCUGAACAAAUGACUUCUAAUGGACAAUAUUUGUCUGGAAAUUUUGCUGAGGUUUGUGUCUAAGAAGGAAGAAAUUUUAUUUAAAAUGUUUUUGUCCUUAAGCUGUUCUAUCCAUUCCCUUCAGAAAUAAAUGUCUGAAUUCUUUGAGCAGUGAGUUAAGGGGUCCUUUAAUAAACUGAUGGUAAUCAUUCAGA